AGUACGGAAGAAAGUGAGCUGCCCUAGUGAGGACGGGCACGGAGGAGUCCUGAGCAUGGCGCACAAUGUGCAGAACGUUACCCUGGCACUUACCCUCCCCAUUACCUGCCACAUCUGCCUAGGCAAGGUACGGCAGCCCGUCAUUUGCGCCAACUAUCACGUCUUCUGUUCGGUUUGCAUUGAUCUGUGGUUGAAGAACAACAGCCAGUGCCCGGCGUGCAGAGUGCCUAUAACCCGGGAGAAUCCCUGCAGGAAUAUCAUCGGUGGGACAAGCGAAGAUGAAGGCACGUUAACUCAUUCAGGCCGAAUGCACCUCCGGAAGACUAGACUUGAGCUUCUUCAGAAAGAAUAUGAGGAAGAAAUAGAAUCACUAUUGAAAGAGACAGAAGAGCUAAAAAGAGCAAAUCUUCAAUUAGAAGAGCGCCUCAGCAGAGCCUCCGAUCCAGCUGCCGAUUCCAUAUCCUGCAAUUGUGGGAAGAAAGAAGCCGAGGGUGGAAGAGGCAUUCGUGAGGGUCUGUUGGAAGAAUGGAGCAGAAAGCUGGAAAUGGUGAAUACUGCCAACAAAAAAGUUGUAGAGGACACUGAGAAGUUGAAAGAGGAAAACCGAAAGCUGAGAAAUGAGAAUAUACAAUGUGCAAGAGAAAACCUGAGACUGAAAAAUGAAGUAGACCUCCGAUCACCGCAAAAGUUUGGAAGGUUUACAGUGGCUGCACUGCAAGCAAAAGUAGAUCAGUAUGAGCGGGAGAUGAGCAGGCUUAAAAAAGCUCUGGAGAGGAGCGAUCAAUACAUAGAAGAACUAGAAACUCAGGUUGAGCAAUUGAAAAAGCCACUAGAGGAUACACAAAAAGAAAAAUCUCAGUGUGGAAAUCCUACCUAUGUACAUGUAACAGAUUCUACAACCACACAUACCUGCCAAGAACUGAAUGCAACACAGCAGCUUUCGAGCCACAGCCAUCAAACAGGGGAAUGUUCAGAAGAAUUCAGUAGCACCUGCUCCAAUUCAAAUGGACACUCAUUCAGAUUAAACAAACUAAAAUCUCUUGAUGAAAAAGAAGGCUCCCCUGAGCUGAAAAGUGCAUUUAGUAGGUAUUCAUCUGCUUCAUUAAACAGCAGUGAGCAGACGAGCAUAGAUAGCAAGAGUCAGAAGGCAGGUAGAGAUUUAGCUCAAGGUUUUGGAAGUCCUUCUUCUUCUUUGCCUUUUAGUUCUCUUCACUUGAACACACCAGAUAGCAAAGCAAACUGCUCUUCCAGCCAUGGUCAUUUAAAGAAACCUCUUACAUAUCUCAGAAAAUUGAUGUUUGACGAUUUGCCUAAGAGAAAUGAAGUCUGCAAUUCUAACAGUUCAAUUAGUGAAAAACAUUUGAGUACCGGGGAGGGCCCAGCAUGGUUUAGAGAGCCAAAGCCAAGUUUCUUUUGCCAGAACUAUAGUGAAUCAGGAGACAGUAAAUUACCAGGACAAAACAAUUAUUUACAAUUAGGAAACCCAAAUGAUAGUGCACGAGAUCAUAGAGAAGGCCUUCAGGAAACUAACCAAAGUAGGACCUUAGUUGAAAAUUCCAUGGAUAAGCACUGUCAUGAUACGGUCAAUGAGCUUAAUACUGUUAUGUGUAAUGGAAGAAGUCAACAUUCAUAUCAUGGCAAUGCUUCUUCUGGGUCAGGAACAAAUUUGGAUUUUCCAAGUGAUUCUACAGUCAAAGUUGGUAAGAGUUCUGGAGAUACUGCAUCAUCUCACCUUGGUGUAGAACCUAUUUUGUCUGCUUCAUUUCCUCCAUGUUCUUUAUUUGCAGUUAGGGAUGGUAAAGACUCUCCGGAUAAAAACUUUCAUGGCCAUUUGCCAUGUGAACCAUCAUUACAAUCUAAGGAGGAGCUAAUAUUUCAUUCUGGUUCUGUGGAAGCAGAGUGUACUGGACAUGGAUCAAAGUCAACCUGGCUGUCCUACUGUAACCCCCAAACCUACAGUUACAGUCCUCCAGCAAAACGGAAAUUGCAAAACCAAUCUAGUGACAGUCCUACAAAAUCCGCAAAGUCCUGAGUAGAUUGUGUUGUAAAGUUAUGGGUUGUUUCAAAUGAAGUCCCUAAUGAUUGUGCGGAUAUGAGAAUCCACCUUCUCAUUUCUUAUGAGUUUUAGAGUAAUUUAUAAAUCAUUAUAUCACUUUUGUAGCAAAUUACCUGUUGUUUUCCUAGUUUGCAGAAUAAAGAAACCACAUUCCAUUAUACUUUUCAAGUCAUAUUGUCAUUUAAUUGGCAGUGGGUCCGCUUACCCCUCCUCUCUACAUUGUGAUGGACAUCUUGUUAUUAUGCCGGGACCGCGCUCUUCUCGCGCAUGCUCUGUGCGCUGCCUGUUACAGCGCGAUCCCGGUUGCUUCUCGUCUUUAGCCGUGAGCGUGAUCACUGGCUUGCGUUCUCCAGCGCCUGAAGCCAGUGAUCACCCUCACGCUAAAGAUGAGAAGCGACUGCCGGGCACGAGCUCGAUGGGACUGAGCGGCGCAUGUGCAGUCUGCAAAAUGAAGGCGGUGAGUGAGGGAGCCGGGAUCGCGCUAUAACGGGCAGCGCACGGUGCAAGUGCGAGAAGAGCGCGGUCCCGGCAUCACGGCAAGAUGUCCAUCACAAUGUAGAGAGGAGGGGUAAUGGGCGGGCUUAUCGUGCCUUGAAGCAAGGAGGCCGCUGCCCCCUUGACUUCAAGCCUGACUUGGAGAAGGCGCCAACAGACAUUAAAACUGUGAUUUUAACAAAUGUGAGGAGGCAAAAUAAGGAAAGAAAAUUAUGAUUAGCAACACACUGGGGGAUACAUUAGGGUACUGUGGUUGCUUUAAUAUGUGUUUUCCAGGUGACAGUUUCCCUUUAACCACCUCCCGUCUCGCUAACGCCGAAAGGCAUGAUUGCUGCGGCGCUGCCAGGUCACACUAACGCCGAUCGGCGUCAUCUCACGUGAGCUGAGAUUUCCUGUGACU